AAUUGCUCUUUAAUUUCAACGCUAACAUGUAAAUUACUGUUUGCCCACUGGAAUUCUCCUAUGAUGAAUAAGUAUUUUUUAUUGAGUCUUUGGUUUUUGGUGUACUUUGUGUCACCUGGAUGGUUCGAUUCGUCGACAGAGAGAUGUUUCUGUAAGUUAUCAGGGAAACCAGAAGAGUGUUGUUGUGAUGUAGAGACAGUGGAUCAAAUAAACAAGGAAAUUCAUCCAGUCAUAAGUGAACUGGUUACAAAAAAUUUCUUCAAGUUUUUCAGGGUUAAUCUCAACAGGCCAUGCCCAUUUUGGCCAGAUGAUGGUGCUUGUGCUCUGAAAGAUUGUUCUGUAUCAGCUUGUAAGGAGGAGGAACUUCCUGAGGGCAUCAAAGCUGAGGGGAGACGGCCAGGUAAUGGGAGUUUAAACCGUAGGGGAAGCACACAUAAAAUGCAAUCAAACAGUGAGGAUAAAAAAGGUGAAAGUUGCCAGUCUUCAGACAAUGAGACCAUCCUUGGUGAAAUUGACAGCACUAUCAGUGAUGAAGACAAACAAGCAUUUGAAGCAUGGCAUGCUCAUGAUGAUGCUGAAGAUAACUUCUGUGAGUUGGAUGAUGAGUCAUCUUCUGGGAUGGAGUAUGUCGACCUACUGAGAAAUCCUGAGAGAUUUACAGGAUAUGCAGGAUUCUCUGCUCAAAGAGUUUGGAAUAAUAUUUACAAGGAAAAUUGCUUCAAACCCACGUCUCCUUAUGGGAAACGUUAUGGGGUUGUAACAUCCAAAAAUGUUGAUGAAAUGUGCCUAGAGAAGCGAGUGUUCUAUCGGAUGAUGUCAGGCCUCCAUGCUAGCAUCAAUAUUCAUUUGUCUGCCAUUUACCUAUUUAAAGGUAAUGGUUUCAUGAAACCAAGAUGGGGUGAGAACGUCGAGGAGUUUAGAAGAAGAUUUGAUCCUGAAACUACAAGCGGGGAAGGUCCAACAUGGCUGAAGAAUCUUUACUUUACAUACACUGUGGCUCUGAGAGCCAUAAUCAAAGCGGCUCCAUUCUGGGAACAAGAACAGUUUUACACUGGGGAUUAUGGAGAUGACGUUGAAGUACAAGAACUUGUUCAAGUUCUUCUGGCUAAAUCAAAAACCUGUCCAAGCACAUUUGAUGAGAAGCUGAUGUUCAGAGACCCAGGCAGUGCAAAAAUCUUAAAGGAAGAGUUCAAGCUUCACUUUAGGAAUGUCUCCCGUAUCAUGGACUGUGUUGGUUGUGACAAGUGUCGGUUGUGGGGCAAGCUUCAGGUUCAAGGCCUGGGCACUGCUCUUAAAAUCCUCUUCUCUGGUCACGAGUUUGACGACGGAAAGUUUGACAAGAACAGUCAUUUUCAACUGAAAAGAACAGAAAUUGUUAGUUUAUUCAACGCCUUUGGAAGGUUAUCCAGUAGCAUAAAUUAUUUACAGAAAUUUAAAUCAAUGAAACACGGGCACAGAUAACAGCAAGUUGGCGAGGGACUGGCACCUUCAGAUGGCUCGCUUGUUUCCAGUUUGUUUGCAGUUUCCUCUCGGCCAAGGAGACACGAGAAAAAGAAAAACAGUUUAAAAGAUGAAAAGUACACACAAAAAAACAAAACAAAAAAAGAGGAAAGUGUUCUCUUAGUUUGACGAUUGCACACAGAAUUUGGAUUAAAAAGUCGUUUUUUCUGGCAAUUGUUGUAAGACUAUAAGAUAGUUUUUGGUUGAAAAAAAAAAACCUUCAACAGUGAAUAUUUCGUUGUUGGCUUAUAUAAAGCGUAAGUUUGUGAUAUAAACAGAAAUUUUAUUGUUUAAUUAAUAUAAGUACCGUCAAAACUACAACUUUUUAAAGUUGCAAAGUGUUUCGAGGUCCUUGUCAUCAAUCGCAUGACUGGUUCGUUAAUCAACAAAGAACAACUUUAACUGGAAAUUUAUAAAUUUGAUUUAUAAACGUGCUGUUUUAGGUUCCUUCUGUUUUCCAACAGUACUUUAUGAGAAUUUUAUUGUUGUAUGUAGUCUGAUGUCUAAUUUCCAAUGCAAUGCCUAUUGACGACUUUCUGAAUGAAAGUUGCAACCUUUUGUACUUUUGUAAAUUUAGUAUGCAAUGAAUUAAACACAUGC